AUGCAGUACAAAAUUUUUGCUUUACUAGCUACAUUAGUGGUAGUAAAUGCUAUUCAACAAACUUCAAAAACUAUUGUCACAAUUCAAGAUGGUACCACUUCAUAUACAACGAAUUGUCCUUUAGCGGAAUCAAAUUUGUCAAAUUGUUAUGAAAGUUAUAUCACUGAUGAUAAAGGUUAUUGUUCCACAACUACAAUUUGCUCAACAGAUGGUGAAACUAAGUCUGAUUCUUCUUCAUUUUUUGAUUUAUCAAGUAUUUAUAAUUAUGAUUUAACUACUUCAAUACCAGAAACAAAAACUACUACAUUAACAUUGGGGGAUUCUACAAGUAUCAUCAAUUUUACUGAAGAUAUUACCAAGAUUAUAACAAUUACAUCAUGUUCAGAGGAUAAGUGUCAUACAAUUACAGUUCCAGGAAGUUUAUCGUUCAGCACAGCAACUAUUAGUUCGAUUGAAACAAUUUAUACAACAUAUUGUCCAUUAACUGAUGUUACAUUGAGUGAAUCAAUAAGUCAAACAAGUGAUAGUUCAUCAUCAGUUAUUACUUCUAGCUCAAUUUUGUCGUCUGGUGAUAUAUCUAGUUCAUCGAGUUCAGAAUUUAUUAGUUCAUAUGUUUCAAGAACCUCGAUUUUGUCUACUUUUGUUAGUGAAAGCUCAUCAUUACAAUUAUCAUCAACAACUUCACUUGAAUCUACAACUGAAUCUUCAUCAAUAUCUUCAUUAGAGAGCUCAUCGCAACCUUCAGAAUCUUCAUCAGAUAUUUCACAUUUUUCAUCACAAACUUCAUUGGAUUCUAUCACAAGUGACCACUCAAUUACUUCAAUUCCAGAUACAAAAACCACAACAUUCACAAUGGGAGAUUCUACAAGUAUCAUCACUUUCACCGAAGAAGUUUCCAAAGUUAUAACAAUUACAUCAUGUAGUGAAGACAAAUGUCAUACAACAACAAUUCCAGGAAGUUUAUCAUUUGCUACAACCACGAUCAGCUCAAUUGAAACAAUUUACACAACGUAUUGUCCAGUAACUGAUGUUACAUCGAGUGAAUCAAUAAGUCAAACAAGUGAUAGUUCAUCAUCAGUUAUUACUUCCAGCUCAAUUUUGUCGUCUGGUGAUUUAUCUAGUUCAUCAAGUUCAGAAUUUAUUAGUUCAUAUGUUUCAAGAACCUCGAUUUUGUCUACUUUUGUUAGUGAAAGCUCAUCAUUACAAUUAUCAUCAACAACUUCACUUGAAUCUACAACUGAAUCUUCAUCAAUAUCUUCAUUAGAGAGCUCAUCGCAACCUUCAGAAUCUUCAUCAGAUAUUUCACAUUUUUCAUCACAAACUUCAUUGGAUUCUAUCACAAGUGACCACUCAAUUACUUCAAUUCCAGAUACAAAAACCACAACAUUCACAAUGGGAGAUUCUACAAGUAUCUUCACUUUCACCGAAGAAGUUUCCAAAGUUAUAACAAUUACAUCAUGUAGUGAAGACAAAUGUCAUACAACAACAAUUCCAGGAAGUUUAUCAUUUGCUACAACCACGAUCAGCUCAAUUGAAACAAUUUACACAACGUAUUGUCCAGUAACUGAUGUUACAUCGAGUGAAUCAAUAAGUCAAACAAGUGAUAGUUCAUCAUCAGUUAUUACUUCCAGCUCAAUUUUGUCGUCUGGUGAUUUAUCUAGCUCAUCAAGUUCAGAAUUUAUUAGUUCAUAUGUUUCAAGAACCUCAAUUUUGUCGACUUUUGUUAGUGCAAGUUCAUCAUCUGAGCUGUCAUCAUUUGAACUGUCAUCAGAGACUUCAUUUGAAUCCACUACAGAAUAUUCUUCAGAAUCAUCGCAAAUUUCAUCACAAUCAUCACAAACCUCAUCACAAUCAGUACAAACCACAUCACAAUCAUCACAAUCGUCACAAACUUUAUCACAAACCUCAUCACAAUUAUCAGAUUCCACAGCGUCAAAUUCUUCAAUUACUUCAAUUCCAGAAACAAAAACUACAACAUUAACAUGGAGAGAUUCUUCCAGUAUACUUACAUUUACAAAUGAAAUUACAAAAAUAAUUACCAUAACAUCAUGUUUUGAAGAUAAAUGUCAUACGACUACUGUUCCCGGAAGUUUAUCAUUCAGCACAGCAACAAUAAGCUCAAUUGAAACAAUUUAUACAACAUAUUGUCCAUUAACUGAUGUUACCUCAAGCACAUCAGAAUCAAGUUUACUUUCAUCAUCAUUACCAAAUUUAUCCGAUACUUUAUCAACAGAAUCAGAAACUCAAAAAUCAUCAUCAUAUUCAUCUGAAAUAACUAGCUCAUCAUCUGUUAGCUCGAUUACAGCUAGUGACUCAAUAUCAUCUUCAACAACUAUGUCUUCAAUUUCAAGCACUACAGCCGUUUUAAGUUCAGAGAUCAGUUUAUCAUCUUCAAGUCUAACAACUACAAAUUCUGAAAGCGCAAUUAGUUCUUCAAUUUUAUCAAAUGUUGAAAGUAAAUCCAGCUCAGUUGAAUCAUAUUCAGGAUCAGCAAUUCUGAGCUCAAGCUCUUCAUCAGUUGAAAUUACUUCAUAUACAGAAUCUACAACUUCAUCAUCAAGUGAAUUAUCUCCUUUAUCAUCAUCAACUUCAGUAUUAACAAGUUUAAAUUCAGGUUCACCAUCAACUUCAGUAUUAGCAAGUUUAAAUUCAGGUUCAUCAUCAAUAAAUGAAUCAUCAUCAAAUGGAGUAACAACCUCAAUUGCAACAUCAACAUGUAUUGAAGAUAAAUGUCAUUCUACAACUAUACCAGUCAGUGUUUCUUUAUCAACUUCAUAUAAUCAAGGAUCAAUAGCCACGAUAUAUACUACUUAUUGUCCAUUGACAGAAACAAAAAAACUAGAAGAUACUACAAUAACAAGCACCGUUGCAACUACAAUGACUUCAUGCUCAAAUGGAGUUUGUUCAACAUUAAGUUCAAUUGAAUCAACAUUCAUAACGAUAAGUUCAUCGAUGAACAAUACUACAACUGCUCAAGUUUCAACAUUUGAAGGAAUGGGAAAUGUUCAUACCUAUUCAAUUUCAUUAUUAUUAGCUAUUUUAGCUUAUUUUGUUUAG